AUGGCGCCCCCUUCCGAUCGCCGUCCCAUUGUCAUCUCCGGCCCCUCGGGCGUCGGUAAGGGCACUCUCUACAACCGCCUGUUUGAACGCCACCCGGACGCUUUCUGCCUGUCCGUGUCCCACACGACCCGCAAGCCCCGCCCCGGCGAAAAGGACGGCGUCGACUACCACUACGUCACCAUGGAAGAGUUCGAGAAGCUCAUCGGCCAGGACGCCUUUGUCGAGCAUGCCAAGUUCGGCGGCAACCGCUACGGCACCAGCAAAAAGACCGUCGCCGACCAGACCGCCAAGGGCCGUGUCGUUCUGCUGGACAUUGAGAUGGAAGGUGUGAAGCAGAUCCAGGACCAAAAAAAGAAGGGCAACGGCUGGGAAGCACGCUACAUCUUCAUCGCCCCGCCCUCCACAGCCACGCUUGAGAAGCGUCUGCGCGGCCGCGGCACCGAGACCGAGGCCAACGUGAAGAAGCGGCUCGACCAGGCAAAGCUUGAGCUCGACUACUCCAAAACGCCUGGCGUGCACGACAAGAUCAUCAUCAACGACGAUCUUGACAAGGCUUACAAGGAGCUCGAGGACUACAUCUUCCAGCAGCCAGCAAAAUCGAAGAAGUAG